UGCUUCAUGAGAAUUAAACAUAAGGUGGCUGGUAUAGGUUGUAUAUAUAUAUAUAUGUCUGAAGCAAGUUCUUAUUGGACAAACUCCGCUUCAGCAGCAGAUCUCCAAAAACUGAAUACCAUGAAAAUCGUACUUUUCCUCUUGGUUAUUGUGCCUUUGGUACUGUGUGCCAGUAUUCAUGAUGAAGUUGCCAUAAAUAAGAGAAUCGUAGUUACUGACAUUGUUGCUCUUCUAAAGGCAACAGAUUUAUCUGAUGGUUGUAUGGCAACUUGUAAAACAAGCGUUGGUAGUUACUGGAGCUUUUUGUGCGAAGAUGCAUGCAAUGUUAUGCAAUACAUUGGUUGAAAAACGCUUUUCACUUAUAAAAAGAAUGUAAUUCUUUGAGAUGAAUAAAGAAAUUGAAAAUAUAAA